GUUUUUAGAGCUCCUUCACUGAGUUUGUAAGGAAACGCGUGGGCAGCAGUCCGCGGGUUAAGGACGCCAAACGAAAGUAAAACCGAUUCCGCUCUGUGCUCUUAACUCUGGAUUUGCAGACAGUCUGCGCUGGAUAACGGGUUAAACAGUGUCUCUGCAGGGUUUUCUGAAGCGGUAAAGUUGGUGGUCGGCGUUGGGACUCGUGUAUCUGCCCCCUGGCUGAGCUGAGCUGCGGGUUUUACAAUGGAGUCUGUGCAUUGUCGCUGGAGUGGAACAAAUGGUCAGCCAAAGCAGCCCUUUCCAAAGCCUAGACAUCUAGGAGACACUUUGUCCAGACUGGCUGUACUGAUGGCUCGAGUGGACCAUAGACCAGAGGGACGAUCUCAAAAAUCCCAGCAGUCCAGCAGCCCAUCCAUCAGUAAAGCCAGCGGCAAGGAUCAUAUUCACGCCUCAGACAUGUCCAGCGUGGCCUGCAGUCAGCAGCAGCAGCAAAAAGAGCGCACACUGCGUAAGCCACACCACUGCCAGCACUGUGGCCAGAAGUUCUCUCUGGCUUCUACCCUUCAGAUGCACAGAUGUCAUAAGAGCUCUUCAACAUGCCAGGUGUGUAGAGGGAAGCUGCAGAAGGGCACUACAUGCUCCUCCUGUCCGGCUAAGGUCUCCAGCCUUCGUAGUUCAAAGCAGCAGCCUUACCAUUUUAACCAUAGACGUAACAAACAUGACGGCAAUCCCUAUGCCUGCGCCCCGUGUGGAAAAGCCUUCAGCCACAAGCAGGAGCUGCUGUACCACCAGCAGGGUGCAGGGUGUCAGCCAGCCCCUUCUACUGUGACUCACAUGUCUACAGAUGACACACCCACUCCCUCCUAUGCUUCAAUUCCACCAUCGACUUCAGGGAUCAAUCACAAGCCAGUAACUUGUCCUUCAUGCCAUAAAACAUUCCGCACUGCCCAGGGUCUAAGUUGCCAUCAGCGCAUUUAUCACCAAAACAGUGUAAAAAAGAACAAAAAGAAGGUGACGCAGCAUGUCCAAGGUUCUAAAGGCACGUUAUUUGCAUGUCGAUCAUGUGACAAGGUUUUCCCUCAGACCUCUAUGCUGUACCGGCACAGGAAAGAGGAGCACCGGCGAAAGACUUCCACAAAGAGACAGCAGAGGAGCCACAGGAAGCGACGGCAAAGCAGGCAAAGAGGCGAGACGUACCCGUGCCUGCACUGUGGCAAAGUGUUCCUGCACCAUCUCACCCGCUGGGCACACUUCAAGAGCUACAGCAGCCACUAUCAGACCCACCUUUCAAACAGCGCCAAAUCAGACAAAACUCAAAAAGCCAGCGAAACCUCCAAAGACCUCAAAACAACCAAAGGAUCUAAACUAACCUCCAGAGCCUCAAAGAAGUCUAAACCUGUUGAUAAGAAGACAAACAAACAUGUGAAAAAGUGCUUUGUUUCAAAAAACAGAAGGCAGGAGAUCGCAGACAAGGAAGAUGCUCGUACUCAGGAUAAGGAUGAAGAUGAGGAUGAAGACGAAGAUGAAGACGGAGAGUUCCCUUGCCCAUCGUGUGAAGAGGUCUUUACGACCAAGUCUGCCCUGCUACACCAUGAAGACAUCCACCAGUCCACACACACCCCAAACCACUGCAGCGUGUGUACUGGUGGGAUUGCUUUACCUCAGAUUGCAGGGUCUUCUGUGAAUAGAGUCUAUCACUGUGUGCCAUGUAAGGAGGCAUAUGUGGACCUGGAUACUUUUCUGCAGCACUGCCAAACACACUUUUAUUGCAGCAAUGAUGAUGAGAAAGAUGAUGAUGCCCAACUUAGUGAUUGAAAAGGCACAAAGUAACAUCUAGUCAGAAUUAAGGCCCUUUCACACAGAGUACAUAUUUUUGGAUACACAUGGAGCUCACAUAUGCAAAUGUGCAAACAGGGCUCAUACUCCACAGCUCUUUCUAGCUCUUUCAGAUAAAUGUCUACUCUUUCUGUUUCACUCACAAGUUCUCAUUAGCAAGGGAAGCUGUUGUUCUUUAAUGAGGGAAGCUAUAGCUCAUUAACUAGGGAAGCUGUAGUUUAUUACCAAGCAUUAGCAUCACAUAUUUCCAUUAUCUUCUGCCUUUUCAUAAUUAGCACAUUGAUCAGAGUAUAAAAUCAACAGACCUUAUAUCUGAUAGGUCUGCCUGAUUUUAACACAUCUGACAAUGCAGAAAUUCCACAACUGUCAUAUAUGUAAACCUUUCUUCUGUUUCUCUGCUCUCUGUCCACUUCUGCUCUCUUCUUCUCCACAUAAGUAAUCAUUAUUAAGGGAACAUCUAACUCAUUAGUGUGGGAAGCUAUAGUAUAGUAGUGAGGCUAGCUAUGCUUCGUUAGUCCAAACAUAUUGGACUCAGUGUGAAAGGGCUUUUACACCCAGAAUACUUGAGUUGUCUUGUUUUUUCCUUUGACAUUAAGUUUCGAACAGUUUGUGUUAUGUUAAGAGAUUGCCAAACAACAUUUCUAAAUGAUGAAUGAUGAAUGUAUGCUUUUUUGCUGUGAUUUACCAAAGCCACUCAUGUUCACUGAAUACACAGGCUGAAUGUAAAAACUGUACACUGUCGAAUAACAUGAACGAUUUCUUUCUGCUGUUGAUAGUUGUUGAAUUUGAUUAACAUAGUUCUGUUGGUGUGGUACUACUAAAUUUGAGGAUUUUAUUGUAGGAGCAAUGACUGUAUAAAAGCAUGGACAGGGCAACAUUUGUGAAAUAUGAAGUCAUCAUAGGUCUAACACCUCCAGAGAUAUGGUGCAGCGUAGAUCCAUCCAUCCCUGUACGUUUCAAUGACAGAAACAGCCGCGCCAAGGUCUUCCAUUAAAUUUUCCUCCUCUAAAGACUUUUAGUAGCUGUAGUAUCUUCGCUUUGUCUCAGUAGUCAACAGAAUGAAACUGAGCUAAGCUCUGGUGCUGUAAUGGAAAUUGUUUGGUAAUAAAAUACAAAAGCUUCCCGUUUACCACUGGAAUACUACACUUACUGUUUAAACUGGGGUUCUACAAAACCCUUUUUGCUUUUUGUUCUUUAGUCUGUGCUGUGAUCUCAAUGAAGGCAGUCUGAGAUACUUGAGUAGGCGAGUUUGGUCCCACCCCUUGACUCUGGUUGCAAGUUUGACACAAUGGAGGAUGCUCUUGUCAUUAUUUAUGUAGAAUGGAAGGGAAUAGCACCACAGUGUCUGUUUUUCUACAGUCAUUGUGUAGGACUGCAUUUUUUUUUUAUCCUUUUCGAUUGACAACUUUUUCGUGGUUGAUUAUAUGCUUUUUUAUAGCUUUUGUUAGCGAUGAUCUGUAUUUCUGUUUAAUAGUUAUAUCCUGUACAUAUAUAGAACACACGCAAACCUGAAAUGUCUUUCACAUUGCCGAUUUUACCUCUGUGCCUUACCAUGCACAUCUUAAGUAGUGCCUUGUUUCAGCAUGUUCAAGUGCUGUUACAGUGUAGGGCGUUUUCACGCCAAGGUUGGUGUGUUUCUUACAUUGUAUUCUGUCCAUUUAGUUAUGUUAGUUGUCUUUCCCGGAGUUGUGCUAAAUGCUGCCCCCACUAUAAAUUGACUUUCUUUCGAGUGCAGGCAUGCCAUAUAGGAGAAUGGUUGUAAGAGAUUCCCCUCAUAUUCCAUUUAUUUCUGUUUAUAAAAAAGGGUUAAUCUACAGUUAUGAUACAGGCAUCACCAGCAUAAUCUGUUGUACCCAUACUGCGGCAUGACAUGUCUGGACAAGAAGUCAGAUUUUGGCACAACACUUCUUCAAUACUUCUUCUUCUGUUGUUUAUUGGGUGACGAUAGUUUGACUCAACUACCUGUAAUUGGUCUGAAUGAACUGGACCAUGGGUCAGUUGAGCCAGACUAAGUCCACUGCUAUUAUUUGGGCCAAGUUUAGGUCCUGUGUUCUGGACAGUGGUUUACAGCAUCUUUGCAGCAACCUUAUGCAGUUAAAUUAUUGUGGAAAGCAUUAUAUUCCUAAACUCUUCAUUUAUCAUGUUUUCAUAUCAUCGUGAACCCUGAAAUUAUGGGCAAAAAGAAACUGAAUACCUCUUUAUAUUUACUGCUGUGUCUCAUGAUGUGAUUUUUUUUUUUGGGGUGGAUUUGUCCACAGGGAUUACGUUACAUAAGUAUUGUUUGGUUUUGGCUUUUUUUUUUCAUUCAUUUUUGUUAUGGCUGGAGCCAAAAAUGUAACAUUAAUGUACCAAAUGUUUGGUUUUCUGUGUAUUCUUUUUCCUCAUGAUAAUAUAAAACUACAAAAAUAUAUUUCUGAGUA